UAUUACAGGAAACGAGUUGCAGUAAUGUAAUCGACGAGAACUCGCACGCUUUCCCAUCACCGGAGAGAGAGCGAGUAGCAGUCCCCUCUUCUCCCCGUCGCAUGCGCCAUCCGCGCGGGGCUCAGUGAACCAGCGCGCACCGAGGGGGGUAGCAGCGGUAAGACAAGAGACCUACACUCCGCGUAGAAGAGCAAAAAAAGCUGCGGAGUUCGUUUUUUUUUCUCUCUUCCUUAUCGACGAGGUUUGGCUACUUUUUGUCAGAGUUAAAAAUUUCAUUUUAUGUGGCCAUGGAGUGAAACUCCGCCAUAUUUGGCACGUCCACCACGCCCGCUGACAGUCGUAAAAACUUCUUCGCUCGACUUCAUUUAGCAUUUUAAAGUGUUACAAUCAGGGAGGGCGACGCCUGAAGACGGACGGGCACGAUGACCCUGAUGGCGGUGGGGGCUUGCUGCCUCAGCCCGGAGGCCAAAGAGGCUCGGAGGAUCAACGACGAGAUCGAGAGGCAACUACGCCGCGAUAAGAAAGACUCGAAACGGGAAUACAAGCUCCUCUUGCUCGGGACUGGCGAGAGUGGUAAGAGCACCUUCAUCAAGCAAAUGAGGAUCAUCCAUGGCAGAGGCUACUCUGAUGAAGACAAACGGGCCUUCACCAGGCUAGUGUACCAGAACAUCUUCACCGCCAUGCAGGCCAUGAUCCAGGCCAUGAAGACGCUUCGGAUCCCCUACAAGUACCAGUACAACAAGGCCAACGCCAGUACUGUCAGCGAGGUAAACGUGGAGACGGUGACGACGUUUACAAAAGUCUACGUGGACGCCAUCAGGAGCCUGUGGGCCGACCCGGGCAUCCAAGAAUGUUACAGUCGCAAAAGGGAAUACCAGCUCUCCGACUCGGCCAAAUACUACCUGAACGACUUGGACCGCAUCGCUGACGCCACGUACCUGCCGUCACAGCAGGACGUGCUACGGGUCAGGGUGCCCACCACGGGCAUAAUCGAGUACCCCUUCGACCUGGAGAGCAUGGUGUUCAGGAUGGUGGAUGUGGGCGGGCAGCGCUCGGAGAGGAGGAAGUGGAUCCACUGUUUUGAGAAAGUCACGUCCAUCAUGUUCCUGGUGGCGCUCAGCGAGUACGACCAAGCGCUGGUGGAGUCGGCGCACGAGAAUCGCAUGGAGGAGAGCAUGGCCUUGUUCCGAACAAUCAUCACCUACGAGUGGUUCGAAGACUCCUCGGUCAUCUUGUUCCUCAACAAGAUUGAUUUGCUGGAGGAGAAAAUCAUGCACUCGCAUUUGGUCGAUUACUUUCCUGAAUAUAACGGUCCGCAGCGGGACGUGAAAGCGGCCCAGGAGUUUAUCCUGAACAUGUUCGUCAACCUGCACCCCAACCGCAAGAAGCUCAUCUACUACCACUUCACCUGCGCCACCGACACGGACAACAUCCGUUUCGUCUUCCACGCCGUCAAGGACCAUAUUCUGCAAGGCAACCUUGAAGACUACAACCUGGUUUGAAGCGGAGGUACGGUGUCGGGGUUCUGUGGUGGUGAUGGAGGGAGGGGUGGAGGGGCGCCGCCUGAAAAGCCUGGCAAGUUGACCACUAUGAUGCAAGAUGGCGGCAAUGGAGCGCCCCAAAGACGGUACUACUGAUGUAUUCAAACCUUUGAUCACUAAACUGCUGCCUGAGUGGACAAAGCGUACAAGAAUUACCCAGCGGCGCUCAGUGGAUUACUGCGCAUGGACAGCGGAGGGACUACUUUCUACGCAGGUGCGAGUCGGUUACACGUAACAGUAGCUCAUGUGUGCCUCUAAAGAAAAGCCAGUAUGAAAAGCCAGUUGAGCAUAUUUUCCAUAUCCUUAAUAUAUCCAGUUGAAAGGGGGAAAUACAAGUAAGAAAAUUAAACAAGGUAUUCUGAUUAAAAUUGCCUUGAUGAAUUCAUCAAAUGAAUCCACCUAUUUUCAUCUAUCACAGGAAGCAGCCAUUUUGACACUGUACUGCCCCCUGCUGUCGACAGCAAUUGAUGUCAAAAACCCGUCGGCUCACAUUCUGAGCGUCACGUGAUCAACCCCACAAAACCGAUGUGUAUGUAUUUACGUCUUACAUAUACCGUUUAUUUGAUAUUGUAUCGACAAUAUAUUUCGCACAACUCUCCAUACUAAUGAGUUGUCUUACUAGUCGGCAUACUAGUAUAUGAUGAUUAUGGUCGAGCUGGAUAAGAGAGGUAUGAAAUAGAUGCUCAAACGGCUUUCCAUGAGCCAGUUGUAAUCAACACUAAUUGCACGUUGACCUUUUAGGCCUUCGCUCAUUUGAACACUUGAGUAACAAGUCACCAUUUUGGAGCACUUGAUGCGAGUCGGCAUUCUUUGUUUUUAAUGUUUCGCCGUGUGCACAGCAUUCAUUUGCCACACUGAAAAAAAAAAUUCAUUUGCGAGAAAACAGUCGCAAUGCUGCGGGAAUAACACAAAUAAAAAAAGUUGUCAUUUUCCGAGAAUAAUACAAUAUUUUGGGGGUCUUUUGUGAAUAAAACUUCACAUUCAAUUUUAAUGAAUGACAAAUACAAACAGCAGUACUAAAAAUACUUUAUUGUACAAACAUUCCAACUUAAUUUUGUAGAUUUAAAAAAAAUUUUUGUCGCACGAUGACUGUUCUCGAAACGUAAACCACUUUUGUUGUCAAAUUCUGCACUUUUUUAUAUAAUUAACAUUUCGUGUGAAAUUACGACUUUUUUCCUCAUAAAUUAAGUGUUCUGAUUUGACACACACAUUACUAGUACUAUUUUUUUAAUUUUAUGCUUUUAUUGCAAGUCAGUGAAUUUAAAACACCACUCUAUCAUGAAACCGUAUUCUUCCCUCAACGGUACAAGUUUUUUUUUUUCUUCCUAAUAUCACAGCUUUUCGCGUAAAAUUGCGACUUUAGUCACAUGAAAUCCGCUCCGGUUAAAUUAUGAGCACAUCAAAUUUUAUUUGCAGAAGAUACAUCUUUCUCACAAAAUUACAACUUUAAUCAUGAGUAAAAAAAGAAGGCGCCUUGUCUUUUUUAUUCUCGUAGAAUUCCGAAUAUAUUCUCCUAGAAUUUUGUUCUUGUUGAACUGCAAGUUUGUUUGUUUUUUUGCAUAAAAUGACUCCUAUUAGAUUACAACUUUUUAGUUAAACUGAAACUGUACUCAACGUUAUUUUUGUCAAAUCACGCCUCAUUGUCCUGAAAUCCCGCUGCUUAUUCUUGUAGAGUGUCGCGACUAAUCUCAUCAAGUACGAGUUUUUCCACGUGAAAGAAUAAUUCAUUUUCAACUCACACAUUUUUUUUAACGCCUUUAUUCUUGUAACAUUUCAACUUCUUUUUUUCAGUGUCUCCCUCAUAAUCCACUUUUAUGCACAUGAACACAUUUCAAAGGGAAUACUGCUUGCAUCUCUUUCUUUCAUUUGUCUUUUGUUUCUUUACAAUUUGGUGAUUGUAUCAAGCUGCAGUCUUGUUAUUUCUAAUAAUUUGUGUAAUUUGCCAAACUAGCUAUAGAAUUGGGCCCGUAAUUAAUCUAAACUGGUACUAUAAAUAUGACACGGUACGGCGAUCGCAGAAGAGGCCGAUCGCCGAGAGAAAAGUAUUAACUGUGUGUUAAAUAAACUCUCGGGCAUUAAAUGAGUGCGGUCUUGAUCUCAGUCAAAGUGCUCUUUAAGUUGUCGCAGUCAACGACUAAAGCCUAAUUAGAGAAGAUUGGUUGCAGUACUGUUUACAUAACCUCUUGUCUUAUUAAAAAUAAUUGCAGUCAAAUUUAUGCUUGAAUUCCACUCACUGCAAUUGAUGUUUUAUGCAGCAUCCGCGUGUGAGAUUAUUUGAAUAAAGUCAAAUGUUGUUAA